AUGGUCAAGGCCUGGUACGAUGAAAUCGUCAGCCCUGGAUACGACUUUGCGAAAGCCACCUUCACACCUGGCACGGGCCACUUUACUCAGGUGGUUUGGAAAGGACCCGCAGGGCUGCAGGGUGCUGUGCUUACGGUGCUUGUUCGAUCCCUCAAUACGGCCAUGUUCGAACGUGUGGCAUUCAUCCUGGCCUUGGCAUGGGGUGCUCGGGAGCCAGAGGAUGCCUCCAUGAUGCAAAUGCAGAAGAAACCCCAGGCCAAGAAGUUGCAUUUCUUAUCCAUGGGGCGUUCAGGAUCCUGCUUCUGGGGCGAUCUCUUUGGAAAUAAAGGGCAUCGCCCUUACAUAUUCGAGCCCUUCAACGGCAAUGGCUGGGGCCUGUGGUCAGAAGAGCUGAUUCCUCACAAAUUCCAUGUGGACCUGGCACCUGACGAAGAAGAGCAAGCUGUACGCCGGCUCGUGUGCCUUUACCAAUGCAAGGGAUGUGAGGGCCAGGUCAGCCAGAAGUUCAAAGAGCGUGUCGACCGCAUGUGCAGCGGACAACCGGAUCGCAGCAUCAUCAAGACGGUCGCGCUCUUUAAUGCCAGUACACUCUUGCGGAUUCCUUUGGACGACCUGAAAGAGCAGAAGUUCGUGCUGAUGCUCCGGGACCCCCGCUCCAUGAAGGUAUACACCGAGAAGAACCGUUGCAAGAGAGAGUUGGAGCUUGCGCUCACCAUCAAGGACUUGGCUGUGGCCGUCGGCAACGACAACGUGCGGACCAUUUUCUAUGAGCACUGGAGCAGGGACUUGCGGAAGGCCGUGCAAGAGGUGGCGGAUUGGGCCAAUGUCACCUUCACGGAGGACAUGAAGAAUGUCAGCUCGACACGGGAGAAUGAUGCACCUUCGGCGUGGCUGAUGUAUGCCCCCAAGGGAACCAUGUGGAGAGCUGAAGACUCGCCCUGGUGCCGACACUUUUUCAAGCUGGUCGGCUAUCCCUUUUCCGCGGAGAUUCCCAAGGUGCCGGAGAAUUCCACCUGGCAAGAGCGGAAGGAAGCCUUGCCCUAUGACACCUUGCGCGAUCCGGCCCACGUGCCCAUGACGGCAGAGGAGCGACAGAUCCUGCAGGACCUGGGAAGUACCCACGUCGGCAUGGCUUUGUCAGAGGACGGCCGCUUCUGCGUGGCCAACUACUUCCCAGCGGGUAACGUCAUGGGUCACUUCAAGGAGAAUGUCCUUCCAAGAGGGUCACCAUAUGUGAAGGAGAGCGUUGAUCAGUGCUGUGGUGCGUUUCUGUGUUGGAGUGAGAAACUCUGUGAGAUGGAGUGCAAGGGGCAGCCUUUGGCCGUGUGA